AUGUUUUCAUUUGCAAUACUAUUUACCGCACUACCAUUGCUGUAUUUCACUUACGGAUUAUUGGGCCGCAAAUUGACAAUAAGUGAAAUUGACAGAAAAGCGGUACCAAUCACCGGAUGUGGAAUCCUCACCUUAUGCUUGCUCAAAGUUUGCCGUCCAAUCCUAUUGCAUGAAUUGCAACCAUUUGGUGUGGAUGUGAUAGAGAUUGUUCCGGGAUGCUUUAAAACUGGAUUCAGUACCCCACAAACGUUAAGGAAAUCAGUUGAUACAUUGUGGCACCGAGCAUCUCAAGAAAUGCAUGAUGAGUACGGACACGAUUACAACGAGAAAGCAAUAGCAUAUGGAGAAAAUCUUCAAUUAUUGUUGCUAACAAAAGAUAUAACAUGGGUUAUCGAUGCUUAUUAUGAAGCAAUCGUUGCGAGACGGCCAAAACUUUUGUAUCGAAUUGGCUGGGAUACAUUGUUCAAAUUCUAUCCAUAUUCUUAUCUUCCGUUGCGCUUACAACUUUACGUUAUGAAAUUUCUAAUGUAUUUGAGUGGAGCACCUUUACCAGCAAUAACGACAAAAAAUUUACAUCCAGGGAAUUCGAAAAGCAAAGUCAGCUAA